AUAGAUAGCCUAUUGGCCUAUACCUGACAACAGUUUUGCUACCAUAUUUUUUUUUUAAAUCAUGUGCCGGCUCCAUGCAUGAGCUAAUUCUUUUUGGGGCGUGGAUUCUAAAUUCUGAUAGAAAACGCUGCUGCUGGGGGGUCAAACCACUCGGAAAACACUCGCGUCACGUACUUAUGUUGUUUCUUCUUUGGGUUUAGGAGCUAGCCGAGCAAGCUAGCAUUUCUCUUGUUAUGUGAUGACACAACUAACUAAUGAUCACCAAAAAACGAAUCUUUUGUAGGUUUAGUGUUGGCCCCUACUCGUUUUGUUUUUAUUUCUGAUUUUUGGUUGGUGGCUACUGCUACUGCUAUCUGACAAGAGUAUAUAUCUAUCAAGUAUCAAUUUCUGCUUGGAAUUAGAAACCCAUAAUCUUGUGAUUCUUUUAUUCUUUCUCAAGUAUCUGCCACUCUUCCUUUUCUUCUUCUUCUUGGGAGAGAUUAGUGGUUAACAUUGUGGAAGAUUGUCUGGAACUGUUGAUACUCAACUUGUGUUGUUUACUGUUGUGGGCAAGUGGGGCAUUUAUGUUUAUUGCUAUGUUCCUGGCUUGUGUCUGUGUUCUACCUCACGUGGUUCAAUAGCAGUGGAAGAUUGAAGAGCAAGAUCUCAGGGAACGGGUUCAAGGUUCAGCAACACAAGUACCAAAGUAUUGGAUCCAUGAAACUGAAGAGUGGUUGGGUGAGAAGGGCUUUUUAUUCAUGGAUUCUAGUUUGUACGUUGGGAGGUUUGUACGGGUUCUGGCGCAUGAGCAUACAUGCUUGUGAGCAGAGGAAAGAAAGUCUAAUAAGCAUGUGUGAUGAAAGAGCAAGGAUGCUGCAGGAUCAGUUCAAUGUGAGCAUGAACCAUAUACAAGCCAUGUCCAUUUUGAUAAAAACCUUCCACCAUAACAUGAACCCCUCGGCCAUCGAUCAGAGCACUUUUGCUAGAUACACUGAAAGAACUUCGUUUGAGAGGCCCCUCACAAGUGGUGUUGCAUACGCUGUAAGAGUGCUCCAUUCUCAAAGGGAACAGUUUGAGAAGCAACAAGGAUGGACUAUCAAGAAGAUGGAUACUUUGCAACCAUCCCUUGUUCAAGAAGAAUAUGCUCCUGUCAUCUUUGCACAAGAUACAAUUGCACAUGUCAUUUCUCUUGAUGUGCUAUCUGGAAAGGCAAACCGUGAGAAUGUGCUCCGUGCAAGGGAGUCGGGCAAAGGAGUUUUAACUGCACCCUUUCGGCUUCUCAAAACGAAUCGCCUUGGGGUAAUCCUCACAUUUGCUGUCUACAAGAGAAAUCUUCCAUCCAAUGCAACCCUUGAUCAGAGGAUUCAAGCAACUGAUGGAUAUCUUGGUGGAGUCUUUGAUGUUGAGUCGUUAGUGGAGAAACUACUGCAACAACUUGCUAGUGAGAAAGCUGUAGUUGUUAAUGUGUAUGAUACUACCAAUAAUACACAUCCCAUUGUCAUGUACGGUUCAAAUGUAUCAGGGGACUCUUUCUCUCAUGUCAGCACUCUUAACUUUGGAGACCCUCUCAGGAAGCAUGAGAUGCACUGCAGGUUCAAACAAAAACUGCCAUGGCCAUGGUUGGCAUUUAAUACUUCUGUAGGAGGCUUUAUUAUUUGUGUCCUUCUUGGGUAUAUUUUCUAUGCCACCUGCAAUCGAGUUGUCAAAGCGGAAGAGGAUCGGGAUAAGAUGACUGAGCUUAAAAAGCGAGCUGAGGCGGCUGAUAUUGCAAAAUCCCAGUUUCUUGCUACUGUGUCCCACGAGAUUAGAACACCAAUGAAUGGGGUUUUAGGGAUGUUGCAUAUGCUUAUGGACACGGAUCUAGACGUAACCCAACAGGAGUAUGUGAGAACGGCGCAGGGAAGUGGAAAAGCUUUGGUGUCACUUAUAAACGAGGUAUUGGAUCAGGCAAAGAUUGAAGCUGGUAAGCUGGAGCUUGAAGCUUCGCUGUUUGACUUGCGUGCUGUUUUGGAUGAUAUAUUAUCAUUGUUUUCAGAAAAGUCUCAAGGAAAAGGAAUAGAGGUGAUACCUAUAUAUUAUAUGCUACGUUUUAUCAUGGUAGAAUUUUUUCAAUGUCUAGUGAUAUUGAUCUAUAUAUAUAUGUAUAUAAAACUUGCACAGUUGGCAGCUUAUGUAUCAGAUGAGGUUCCUGAGCUGUUAAUAGGUGAUGCAGGAAGGUUUAGGCAAAUAAUUACCAAUCUCAUGGGUAAUUCAAUUAAGUUCACAGAGAAAGGGCAUAUUUAUGUGACUGUCCAUCUUGUUGAGGAGGUGGUCCAUUCAAUACAGAUUGAUAAAGAAUUAGGCAUGGAAAAUGUUAAUACCCUGAGUCUGAGUGGUUCCCCUGUUGCUGAUAGUCGCCGAAGCUGGGAAGGCUUCAAAGCAUUCAGUCAAGUAGGGCCUCUUGGUUCUUUCUCAUCCUCUGUUACUGAUGUAAUCAAUUUGAUUGUAUCGGUUGAGGACACUGGCGAAGGAAUCCCUCUGGAAGCGCAGUCUCGAAUCUUCACUCCGUUCAUGCAGGUUGGUCCUUCCGUUUCCCAGAGACACGGUGGCACAGGUAUUGGCCUAAGCAUUAGCAAGUGUUUGGUUGGACUCAUGAAUGGCGAAAUUGGAUUUGUCAGCAUUCCUAAGAUUGGAUCCACCUUCACUUUUACUGCUCUCUUCACCAAUUCAACUGACUGCAAAAUUCAGCAACUCAACAACAACAACAGCCACUCUAAUCCUCCAUCUUCAGAAUUUCAGGGAAUGACCGCGUUACUCAUUGACCCUAGAUCGGUUAGAGCCAAAGUGUGUAGAUGUCAUAUUCAGAGGCUCGGCAUUCGUAUCGAAUUGGUUUCGGAUUUAGCCCAAGGUUUGUCCACCAUAACUGAAGGCAAUCAGAUAAUCAAUAUGGUACUUAUUGAGCAGGAAGUGUGGGAUAGAGAUUCAGCCAUGUCAUCUCGCUUUGUCGAUGGCGCCAGUAGAGUUGGCGUUCCUCCUAAGUUGUUCAUUCUUGUUAAUUCUAACGGCUGGACAUCAGGUAUUGGUAAUCCCACUGUGAUCGUAAAACCUCUGAGAGCAAGUAUGCUUGCUGCCUCGCUGCAGCGAGCCAUGGGUGUUACUUGCCGAAAUGGGGAGCUUCCGAGUUUAUCUGUUGGCCACCUUCUUGGCGGGAAGAAAAUUCUAAUUGUAGAUGACAAUGUUGUGAACCGCACCGUAGCAGCUGGUGCUUUGAAAAAGUAUGGAGCAGAUGUGGUGUGUGUUAGCAGCGGAAAAGAGGCCAUCUCUAAACUAAAACCACCUCAUGAGUUCGAUGCGUGCUUCAUGGAUAUUCAAAUGCCAGAAAUGGACGGUUUUGAAGCUACAAAGAAAAUCAGGGAGAUGGAACGUUGCGCCAAGAGAGAAGGUUUUGUAGAUAACUUAUCAAAGUGGGAUGUACCUAUUUUGGCCAUGACUGCAGACGUGAUCCAGGCUACCCAUGAGGAGUGUGUAAGGUGUGGCAUGGAUGGAUAUGUUUCGAAACCGUUUGAAGCCGAACAGCUUUAUCGAGAAGUCUCAAGGUUUUUCCACUCCUGAUGAAUAAUGUCCACAAUACAGAUUAUUUUAGUAAUACUGUACUUUGGAGGAUAGGAGCCAAGUUUGUUUGUUGUGAUUGAUAAAGAAAUUCUUCUUAGGGUAUUAGAACCUGUUGAUUCUUCCAUGUAGCAUCUGAUCUUCAUCCUCGGUAACUGUAAAUUGAAAAUAAUUGAGGGAAUUUGAAGAAUCAGAUAUACUAUAUUAACCAGAUUCACAUUAUGCUCCUCAUCUUUGUGCAUAUGAUGUAAUAUUUGUAAUAAGUCAAGUUACAGUACUCCACCCUGCUAAUGUUAAAUUUAUGUAACUUAUAAGAAGUUGAUUUAUGUAUAAGUAAAUAGAAGAAAGAAAAUCACCAAUGUAUAGCAGCAGCUUUGCUUUCUUUUAUUCUUUAGAGACCCAGAAUUUAA